AACAGAAAUUUGUUUUUGGGCUUUCAUAAAAAAAAAUUAAUUAAUUUUGAGGGGGCUUCUAAUGGUCAUAUAAUUGUCAUAGAUAUGAAAGAAUUGGUUUUUGGGCAUAUAACAAAACUUGGGCCUCUUGUAAUAAAGAAGUUUCUGUAUUAUUUGCAGGAAGCAAAGCCUUUGAUAUUGAAAACAAAUUACCUACGUGAAAACUGUGCAUUUUUUGACUGGGAAGAUAAACAAACAGUAGAUGAGAGCAAAAGACCUGAAAAGCCAAAACAUUUGUGUAAGAAAUGA